CCAGCCCGUAGUAUACCCCGCCUGGACAGCCGUCUAGUCAUCGCAUCGGCACAGUAUGUUGACGUGGACACUCGCAUCAUUCAUCUUGCAUGGCGUGUUGCAGCUCGCUCUCGUACCGGAGGUCGUGACCGCGACCUCCAUCCUGCCACACUCGAGGAGGGAAAAUGCGAAAAUUGCACCGAAAGUCUUCCUUAUCGACAUGUUCGACGACGAAGGCGACUCGUGGUAUGGCAUCCCUCAGUUCAACGUUCUAGAGAACAACAUCACUAUUCCGGGCUUCUCGCCGCUCUUCCCCCAGGCUCACUGUACAGGGGAUGGAUCGAUAUGCCAGCUCACUACAGGAGAAGCCGAGAUCAACGCUGCCUCGACGAUCGCCGCACUAGUCCACUCCCCCGUUUUCGACCUCACGCAAACCUACUUCAUGAUCGCCGGUAUUGCAGGAAUCAGCCCUAAGCUCGGCACUCUGGGUAGCGUUACCUUCGCGCGGUUCGGCGUGCAGGUCGCGUUGCAGUUCGAGUUCGAUGCCCGCGAGAAGCCCGCCAACUUCUCCACAGGCUAUGUCCCGCAAGGUUCCUUUUCGCCGGAUGAGUUCCCUCAGGAGCUCUAUGGCACGGAGGUCUUCGAAGUGAACGAAAACCUCCGCCAGCUUGCCAUCUCGAUGGCAAAGACGGGCAAGCUUUUCGACGACGCCCAGUCGCAGCAGUAUCGCGCCAACUACGCCAGCAACCCUGCCUUCGCUGCUGGCGCUGCACCUCCGUCCGUCGUAGCCUGCGACACGGCGACUUCCGAUGUCUUCUGGACCGGCGACCUGCUUGCCUCAGCCUUCGAAAACACCACGAAGCUCUUCACGAAUGGGACGGCGACGUACUGUACUACGCAGCAAGAGGACAAUGGGACGCUCGAAGCGCUCAUGCGUGGUGCCAUCACAGGGCUCGUCGACUUUUCCCGCAUCAUCAUUAUGCGCACUGCCUCCGACUUCGACAGGCCGUUCGACGGAGAGAGUGCGGCCACGAACCUCUUCCUCAUGUCGCCUGGUUUUGACAUCUCGAUUCAAAACAUCCCCGCCGCAGGCGUCCCCAUCGUGACAGGUAUCGUCUCCAAGUGGGAGUCGACGUUUGAGAAGGGCAUCAAGCCGAACAACUACAUUGGCGAUAUCUUUGGGUCGUUGGGCGGUACCCCGGACUUUGGGCCCGGUAACAUUUUUGGCGGGAAGGCUCCUACAAAACGCUCCUUACAUCGCCGAGGUGUUCGCUCAAUGAUUCGUAGCAUUUGAGCUAUCGCUGUACUCCCGCCUUCUAUCGCCCUACGAAUCUAGUCGGACUGUCACAACUUGUUUUGUCGUUACUAUCGUUCGGACUGAUUCGUACCCAGACAUUUGAUGGAGGGGGAUGUUGUGUACUACUCUUUGAAGUUUCGUCGCUACUUCUUGGUUAGGCUGGUUGCUGGUACACUAUAUUACACCGAGAAGCACAACCACAAAGCCUCAAACAUCGUAGGACAGGGACCGCUGAGCUCCGAGGAUUUUCGUACUCUUGUUCUCGGUAUUCGUCUCUUGCGAACUCCCUGAGUUCAUCACUCGCGCCAUCUCGUGAAGAUUGAUGGCGGUCGCUGAUACAGGUUUGAGCUCCGUCACGGUGGGAGCGGUGGAAGCAUAUGUCGCUUGACUGGCUCCCUGCGCGGACUUGAAGACCAGGACGCUGUUUGACGAGCCUGUUUCAUUGAUCGAGUUGAGAACGGAAUAUUUAGAGUUGACGAGGAUGACGACCACAGUCGGAUAUAUGCCCACAAUGAGACUGGUGAUGUACUGGUAGACGGUAAAAGCGAAUGUAAGCCCUUCGUUCCGGUUGAUGCUAGCGUUGACCGAGUCAAGGCUCAUGAUCACUUGUACCAGGAAAAAUAGCAUGUAGAGAACGCCCGACUCAAUGAGGAUGAACAUAACUCCCUGCGUUCGUGUCUGCGGCGACGACUUGCCAAAGGCACCCAUGUGCGUACGCUUGUAUAUCCAAGUCUUGUACGCAAUAAGUAUAGUCGCGACGGCGGUUGUUGCCAGUGUCAUAGAGUAAGACGCAGUUUGAAUGUUGCGACAGAAAGCCGGGUGCUGAUAGGUGCCUAACUGAAUGUCGGCUCCCAGCCGAGCGGCGCAAAAGGUCAGCAUGAUUGAAGUAGAGAGUGAUCCUGCAAGGACGGCGAGAGGAAUGAGUAGGACAAAUCUCUCUUGGCGGUCCGACCAGAACGCGUAGACACGCCAGAUAAUGAUUCCGUCGCCGAUAAUAGUCAUAUAAGCAUAAAGCACAUCUUCUACGGACGAGAGACGAAGGAUGUUGGAUAUGGCCGCGGAAUAAAUGUCGUCGAGCGAAUCGGUGGAAGUUGAAAGGAGCGUCAUCUUGAUCUCUGUAAUGACAUUGUGUAUAUCUAUCAUCCAGAGGGCGAGUGCAAAGCUAUACAUGAUAAAGACCGCCAAGCUUGUCAAGAGAGACACCCUGGUACGGCCAUUCCUCAGAAGAUGCUGGCCUGUCUUGAAGACAAGCACAGAGUAUAUGGCUAUAGUGAACGUUUCGACCGUCACGGAAACGAAUGACUGGAUUAAAUCAUGGCCAAUACUUUGCCAUACGGCUGCAUCGUCGCUAGAAGACA